AUGACGAGGUUGAUCGAGGUCCUGGCCACCAUCGGGUCCUUCCUCCUGGUGCUCGUCACGUUCCCGUUCUCCCUGUGCUUUACGUUCAAGGUCGUACAGGAGUACGAAAGGGCCGUUGUCUUCAGAAUGGGUCGCCUGAAGGAUAGUGCUUAUGGUCCAGGGACGUUUUUCGUGAUGCCGUGCGUGGAUAGCUGCGUUCGAGUCGACCUGAGGACCGUGUCCUUCGACGUCCCUCCACAGGAAGUUCUCACCAAGGACUCUGUUACCGUCAGCGUCGACGCUGUCGUUUACUAUCGCAUAAAGGAACCGCUGAACGCUGUUGUCAAGAUAGCCAAUUACAGUCACUCCACCCGCCUGUUGGCUGCCAGCACGCUGAGAACGGUCCUGGGAACGAGGAGCUUGGCCGAAAUCCUGUCAGAACGGGAGAACAUUUCUCACACUAUGCAGACAUCCCUCGACGAGGCCACCGAUCCUUGGGGCGUCAAAGUCGAACGAGUCGAAAUAAAGGACGUUCGACUUCCGGUGCAGCUGCAACGAGCCAUGGCCACGGAAGCGGAAGCUACACGGGAGGCACGGGCAAAAGUGAUUGCGGCGGAAGGAGAGAUGCUGGCUUCCCGUGCUCUGAAAGAGGCCAGCGAUGUCAUUUCCAUGAGUCCAGCAGCCCUUCAGCUACGGUACCUGCAAACGCUGAGCAACAUAUCCGCCGAGAAGAAUUCCACGAUCAUCUUUCCAUUGCCCGUCGAGCUGCUGACGCCGUUCUUCACCACCGGCUUCAAGCCACACGUGAUCCAGAACAGCGUGCACGCCUCGUUGGAGCAAGCGGACUCGAAGUCGGUUAAAGUUCAAUGCGACAUUCACUCGGACGUCGACAAACGCGAGGCGACCAAACAAUAA